AUGAAGAUCUUGGAGGCUCAGUCUGCCACAUUGACCAAUGUCGAGGUCUAUCAGUUCCUGCAGAAGCAGGCCAAAGAAUAUCAGGAGCAGAAGCGCAGGGGUCCAGGCAACCUAGAGACACUGCGCAGAGAGCUUCUUCAAUAUUUUGAGACUCAUCCUGGUCCAUUGAGUCAGAAGCCACCUGCCUAUGAUGAGACGUCCAUCUCAAGACUGCUCGAAAGGCUUAGACCCUAUGAGAUCACUAAGGGUGAGAUGAUCAUGAUUCUAAAUAUGCGCCCUACCAACCCCGUGGCAUUAAAUACUGUCAUUGAGGAUAUGGAGGUUCGCUUUGGGCCCGAGCAGCAGGAAGACAUUUCUGCUGGCAUCGCAGAGGUGCUUGGACAGUUUCCAGAGCAGGAGGAAGCGGACGAGGAUCAAGGAGAUGUAAUGGAGACAACUGAGGACCGAUGA